GCCCAAAAAACGAUUAACGACGCGAAAAAUGAAAACGCAAUAUACAAAAACAAAAUUAAAGUGAAAUUAAACGCAACUACGUCGGAUUGCAGGUGCGGUAGCCAGUUGAGCAAUAGUCGAAGCGAACACAAGAAACGGCGCAGAGCUAAAGAAGUCUAGCUUCGGGAAAAAAGAGCCAUAAAAAUCGAUUCUUCAAAGAAGUCACAGCACAGUCAUACGCUGCGGGCAAGAAUUUUCGCGCGGGCGGUGUACCCUGGAAUGGUACCUGGCGUUACUUUUGCCUACAGCUCGCCAAUUUAAAAGGGGCCUCGAAAAACUUUAGAUCUACCCACUGUGCGAGCGAGGGGAGAAGAGAGUGGUGUGGAGGCCAUCCCAACCUGUGCACUGUGUACUAUGCACCUGUAAUUGUGUGAGUGAGAGAGUGUGUGUUCAUGUGCGAAAAGAUAAUUAUAUUUGAGGGUACAUUCAUUUGUUUGCGAAACAAACGAACCUACAAAUCGGACAGGACAUUCGAAUCAUAAUCUUAAUUAACUAAUUUUGGGCAAACAUUUGAGUGUGCGUCGCGGCGCACAUAUAAAGAAUGUCAGCACACAACAGUGAAACGCAUGUGUGUUGUGUGAAUGUGUCUGUGCGCAGUAAUAACAAAGCAGUGAAUGACGAAAGUCAAGAAUGAAAGGGAAAUAUGCCUCCCCCCCCAGGCACAGGCAAAGGCAAACACACACACAGUCCACCCCCCGCAUGACGUAUAUAUGUAUUGUUGGAUGUGGGUCUGUCUGCGCGGCGCUAAUUGAAUAGCUCACACAAUUUUGGCGCACUCCCCCCCCGCGCUAGUCCGCUUAGAGCCUUACAACUUCCACCUGCCUUAUAGAUUGCGUGCGCAUGACUCCGAGGACAACAAAACCAGCCAAAAAUAUCCAUAAUAAUGGAGACCCAACUCUGCCGUCCGUAUAGUCCCCCUCUGGCGUCGAACGGAGCCAAGUGAGUGGUGCAUGAAUCACUCCCUCGCCCGCAUCAACAUCCACAUCCAUCACCAGCUUCGAAGCCUUCACGAUGUCAAGUGAUAAGAUCAAAGUUGCUGUAAGGGUGCGACCCUUCAAUCGCCGCGAAAUCGAAUUGGGUACAAAAUGUAUCGUGGAAAUGGAAAAACAACAGACGAUAUUGCAGAAUCCACCACCAUUGGAGAAAAUCGAAAGAAAACAACCAAAGACAUUUGCAUUCGAUCAUUGCUUCUACUCGUUGAACCCGGAGGAUGACAACUUCGCGUCCCAGGAGACGGUGUUCGAUUGCGUGGGACGUGAUAUACUGGACAAUGCAUUCCAGGGCUAUAAUGCGUGCAUAUUCGCUUAUGGCCAGACAGGGUCCGGUAAGUCCUACACGAUGAUGGGCUCUCAGGAGAACAAGGGCAUUAUACCGCGCCUGUGUGAUAAGCUCUUCUCGGCCAUUGCCAACAAGUCAACGCCCGAGCUGAUGUACAAAGUGGAAGUCUCCUACAUGGAGAUCUACAACGAGAAGGUCCACGAUCUGCUCGACCCGAAGCCAAACAAGCAGUCUCUCAAAGUGCGCGAACACAACGUGAUGGGUCCCUAUGUCGAUGGUUUGUCGCAGCUGGCCGUGGCAUCCUACCAGGACAUCGACAACCUCAUGACCGAGGGCAACAAAUCCCGGACGGUGGCGGCCACCAACAUGAAUGCCGAGUCGUCGCGCUCCCAUGCCGUCUUCUCGGUGGUGCUCACCCAGAUACUCACGGAUCAGGCAACGGGCGUCAGCGGGGAGAAGGUUUCGCGGAUGUCUCUCGUAGACUUGGCAGGCUCCGAGCGUGCCGUGAAGACGGGCGCUGUCGGCGAUCGUCUCAAGGAGGGCUCCAACAUAAACAAAUCUCUGACCACGCUGGGCCUGGUCAUCUCCAAGCUGGCCGAUCAGACCAAUGGCAAGCGCAAUGGAAACGACAAAUUUGUGCCCUAUCGGGACUCUGUGCUCACCUGGCUGCUGAAGGACAAUCUGGGCGGCAACUCCAGGACCGUAAUGGUGGCCACAAUCUCACCGUCGGCGGACAACUACGAGGAGACGUUGUCCACGCUGCGCUAUGCGGAUCGGGCCAAGCGCAUCGUCAACCACGCCGUGGUCAACGAAGAUCCCAAUGCCCGGAUCAUUCGGGAGCUGCGGCACGAGGUGGAGACGCUGAGGAGCAUGCUGAAGCACGCCACGGGAUCGCCGGUGGGCGAUGUGCAGGAUAAACUGGCCGAGAGCGAGAAUCUAAUGAAGCAGAUCUCGCAGACUUGGGAGGAGAAGCUGGUCAAGACGGAGCGCAUCCAGAACGAGCGACAGCAGGCCCUGGAGAAAAUGGGCAUCAGUGUGCAGGCCAGCGGCAUCAAGGUGGAGAAGAACAAGUACUAUUUGGUCAAUUUGAAUGCGGAUCCGUCCCUCAACGAACUGCUGGUCUACUACCUAAAGGAACGGACGCUGAUUGGCGGUCGCAGCAUUAGCGGACAACAGCCCGAUAUACAGCUCUCUGGGCUGGGCAUUCAACCGGAGCAUUGUGUGAUCACCAUUGAGGACAGCGGGCUGUAUAUGGAGCCGGUCCAGGGAGCGCGUUGCUUCGUCAACGGAUCGGCGGCCGUGGAGAAGACUCCGCUCCAGAACGGCGAUCGCAUCCUGUGGGGCAAUCAUCAUUUCUUCCGCGUCAACUCUCCAAAGAGCAACAACACGAGCAUGAGCGCCUCGGAGACACAGACGCCGGCACAGUUGAUCGACUACAACUUUGCGCGCGACGAGAUUAUGCAGAACGAGCUGAGCAAUGACCCCAUUCAGACGGCCAUUGCUCGCCUGGAGCGCCAGCACGAGGAAGAUAAGCAGGUGGCGCUGGAGAAGCAGCGGCAGGAGUACGAACGCCAGUUCCAGCAACUGCGCAACAUUCUCUCGCCCAGCACCCCCUAUGCCCCAUAUGCCCCCUACGAUCCGCUGCGCAUGGGCAAGAUAACCCCGAAUACUCCGACCUCCCAGAUGCGGGUCGAGAAGUGGGCACAGGAGCGCGAUGAAAUGUUCCGACGUUCGCUGGGACAGCUGAAAACGGACAUCAUGCGAGCCAAUUCCCUGGUGCAAGAGGCCAACUUCCUGGCCGAGGAAAUGGAGAAGAAGACCAAAUUCUCGGUCACCCUGCAAAUACCGCCGGCCAAUCUGAGUCCCAACAGACGACGGGCCUUUGUUAGCGAGCCCGCGAUUCUGGUGAAGCGCACAAAUUCCGGCAGCCAAAUAUGGACGAUGGAGAAGCUGGAAAACAAACUGAUCGACAUGCGAGAGAUGUACCAGGAGCACAAGGAGCGCGUGCCCAACGGAUUGCCCCUUGUAGAGCAAUUCUCAGACGAUGAAUACGAUGACAAGGACGAUGACAAUGCCAAGCCGCAGGACCCGUUCUACGAGUCGCAGGAGAACCACAAUCUCAUUGGCGUGGCCAACAUAUUCCUGGAGGUGCUCUUCCAAGACGUCAAGCUGGACUACCACACGCCCAUCAUCAGCCAGCAGGGAGAGGUGGCAGGACGCCUGCAGGUGGAGGUGGAGCGCAUAGCCGGCCAGAUGCCGCAGGACCGCAUGUGCGAGUCAGUCUCGGAGUCCUCGGAGAACUCGCGCGACGAGUACGAUGACCCUGUCGAUCCCUCCUCCAACCAGAUCACGUGCCGCGUCACCAUCAAGUGCGCAACAGGCCUGCCCCUGUCCCUCUCCAACUUUGUGUUCUGCCAGUACACGUUCUGGGGCCACCAGGAGAUGGUGGUGCCCGUGAUCAAUGCCGAGUCCACGGCCCACGAUCAGAAUAUGGUAUUCAAGUUCGAGCACACAAAGGACUUUACGGUCACCAUCAACGAGGAGUUCCUCGAGCACUGCAUCGAGGGAGCCCUGUCGAUUGAGGUCUGGGGCCAUCGCAGUGCCGGAUUCUCCAGGACCAAGGGCUGGGACGUGGAGCAGCAGCAGGCCAAGGCCCGUUCCCUGGUCGACCGCUGGGCGGAGCUGUCGCGCAAAAUCGAGCUCUGGGUGGAGAUCCACGAGCUGAACGACAGCGGCGAGUACUCGCCCGUGGAAGUGACCAAUCGCAACGAGGUUCUGACCGGUGGCAUCUACCAGCUGCGCCAGGGUCAGCAGCGACGGGUCAAUGUGCGCGUGAAGCCUGUCCAAAACUCGGGAACGCUGCCCAUUAUCUGCCAGUCGAUUGUGAACGUGGCUAUUGGCAGUGUGACGGUUCGCUCGCGGCUGCAGCGGCCACUCGACUCCUACCAGGAGGAAGAUCUCACCGUCUUGCGUGAGAAGUGGAGCGAGGCGCUGGGACGUCGUCGCCAGUACCUGGACCAGCAGAUCCAGAUGCUGAUCAAGAAUGAGGAGAAGAACGAGCAGGAGCGGGAGCGGGAGCUGAGCCUGGUGCAUCAGUGGGUCUCCCUGACGGAGGAACGCAACGCAGUGCUGGUGCCGGCGCCCGGUUCGGGCAUACCGGGAGCCCCUGCUUCCUGGGAGCCGCCAUCUGGCAUGGAGCCGCAUGUGCCCGUGCUCUUCUUAAACCUCAACGGCGACGACCUGUCCGCCCAGAACACCAACGACGAGCUCUCCAUUGCGGGCAUCAAUUCCAUUCUCUCCAAGGAGCACGGCCACAAAUUCUACACGCUGCAGAUCCUGCAGCAUCUGGACAAGGACGUGUGCUGUGUGGCCAGCUGGGACUCGUCCAUGCACGACAGCCAGGCCCUCAACCGCGUCACUGAGGCCAACGAACGUGUCUAUCUCAUUCUGCGCACCACAGUGCGUCUCUCGCAUCCUGCCCCCAUGGAUCUGGUGCUGCGGAAGCGCCUCAGCAUCAACAUCAAGAAAGGACAGAUGCUGACGGAUCGCCUCAAGAAGUUCCGACUUGUGCGGGGCGAGAACGCCAUUUGGCAGAGUGGCGUUACCUACGAGGUGGUCUCCAACAUUCCGAAAGCCUCCGAAGAGCUCGAGGAUCGCGAGUCGCUCGCCCAGCUAGCGGCCAGCGGAGACGAUUGCUCGGCCAGCGAUGGCGAGACAUACAUAGAGAAAUACACCCGGGGCGUUUCGGCAGUGGAGAGCAUUUUGACCCUGGAUCGGCUGCGGCAGAAUGUGGCUGUCAAGGAGCUGGAGACGGCCCAUGGCCAGCCGCUGUCCAUGCGCAAGACCGUCAGUGUGCCGAACUUCUCGCAGAUAAUGCGCUUCGAUGCGUCGAUGGAGUCGCUGCUGAAUGUGGGACGCUCCGAGUCCUUUGCCGAUCUCAAGAACAGUGCCCUGGGCAAUAAGUUUACGCCAGUUCACAGCGGAGGGGGAGGAUCCGGCAACGGAGUCAUACGCAACCGGCACAGCUUCGGCGGCAAGGGCAGCAGCGAGGAGUCGCCUGGAAAAGCCUUCGGCAUUGCAUCGCCGGCCACCAGCAAGCUGCUGGGUAUGCGCAUGACCACGCUGCAUGAGGAGCCCCUGGGUGGACAUCGAUCGCUCGAUGAGGAGCCCGAGGACAGCUACAGCGACUCGGAAUAUGCCGCAGAGUAUGAGCAGGAGCGCCAGCAGAACAGGAGCCUGGCCAAGCGGUCACGCCUCACGGCGUCCAAGACCAUGGACUCGUUCAUGGAUGUCAGCAGCCACUCGAGCAACAACUACUUGAGCUACACGUCGAGCGCCAAUGCGAAUAUGAAGCACUUGACAGGUCUGGCCACGCUCAGCAUGAGCUCGUCCACCAGCAGUGGCUAUGGCUCCCAGGCCGUUUCCUGUAAUAAUCUGAGCAACGAGGACAUAACUUCCAUGCGUUCCAUGAGCAUUGACGAGACUCCAGAUUUGGAUCGCGUCAAUUCAAAUUCGCCACCAAACCGUCAGGCUCGAGUCAACCCCUUCCUCAAGGACAUGCCUAAAGCCAAAACACAAAAGACAGUCGAGCCCCAAGCUAAGACGCUGCGGGAGGCGUUCACACACCCCCUGGAGCAGCCAGAGUCGAAGGAAGCCGGCCAAAGUGAUGAUGAGUGCGAGCAGGUGCCCAAAAAUAAAAUAAACAACAACAACAACGAUAGCAUUGUCAAGGAGGAGCCACAGCAUGCGCCCGAUGAAGAACUUCAGGAGGUAGUGGAAGAUGAGUCAGAGCAGAGACAGGAACUUUCCACAGACAAUCAGAACGGCAAUCAAUCGCUGGACGAGGCCACACACAACAUUUCAGAGCAGAACCUUGAGGGCGAUGGCAUCGUCAGAGAAGAACUGCCGGCUGGCAAAGUGAUGCGGCGCAAAAAGUCCAAUACGCAGCCACCGAACAACAUUGGCAAUAGCAACAAUAACAAUAACAACUGCAACAGCACAAGCCAAACGGCACGCACCAACCAGCGUGCCUCGGUGGCCAAAAUGGAAGGCCUGGCAGCGCACAUGGACCCCAGCAUUAUGUCCAGCAGCACAGAAGUCGAGGACGAUGGCAAGGAUAUGGUGCAUCUGACGCUGCCCGAUUGGAUUGUGGUGGGUGAGUCGGUGCUGAUCCGCCCGUCCAACGCCAGCGGCGUCAUACGGUAUGUGGGCACGACACACUUUCAGGCUGGAGCCUGGAUUGGCGUGGAACUGGACACGCCUACAGGCAAAAACGAUGGCACCAUGGAGGGCAUACAGUAUUUCCAGUGCAGGCCAAAGUACGGCAAGUUUGUGCGACCUGACAAGCUGCAGCUGGACAAGCGCGGCAAGGCGAUGAGAGCCUACAAAGCCGCCGAGAAGAGCAACAGCAUCGGCAAAGAAAUGAGCAGCUCGAUGACACGCUCCAAGAGCCGUGGCGACUCGCUAAAUGUGUCGGCGCGCAAAUGAUCGUACCCAAAGUGUUCGCAUCAGCUGCAGCGUUGGACUAAUUGCAGACAAUCGACGCUGGUCACCUGCGCUCUCAGCCAGCCAACGACCUGCCACAGAUUGCGUGCAACCAGCAGCGCUGCAGAUGCGAACAGUCAUGGCAAAAAGUGCUAUGCCAAUCGACGCUCGACGGCCUUCUAAGGCUGCCAACCAACAAUGACAAACGAUGACGGAUAAUGUCGAUUACGAAGAUGAUGACAAGGUCGUCCAGCAACGAACAAUGCGGAGCAUAAUCCACAUGCCAACCAUUUACUAGCUUACUUAACUAUUCUCUCACCACGCCGCAAAUGAAAUGCGGUACACUUAACCCUCGCGCUUCUCUAAGUAGUUUAAGGCGGUGUCUACAGCAGAACAGAACUAAAUACUAAUCUAGCUAAACUAAACUAAGCCAGGCAGGGCGCUCGCGUUGAGCCGGCCGGCACGAAACUCACCAGGGACGCUGCACACCCCGACACCAGCAGGGUAAAAACUCCUGUUGCCAAGGUCGAGGUGAGCCGCGGGUCCGGUGAGGAGGAGGAAAGGAAGAGAACGCAUACCGCUUCUCACUACAGCAGGGUAAAACCCUGUUGCCAGAGUCAGAGCGGGAGCGUAGGGACCAAGAAAAAAAGGAAGGGGCGGCGCACCCGCCGAAACGCGUACCACUUCUCACUCCAGCAGGGUAAAACCCUGUUGCCAGAGUCAGAGCGGGAGCGGGACCGAAAACAGUCAGGAAAACGGAAGGGGAAGGGGACCGCAGUCGGUGGUCCGACCGGGGAAAGCAAAUGGAAGCAAAAGAAUUCUUAGUCAUAUGAUCGAAGUUUUAUUGGCCUGGUUUCCCUCGCACUCCCUUCUACUUCUACCGCUACCUUGGCCAUCGGCCAGCUCACCCGCGGAUCCGGCGUCUGUGCUCCUGCAGCUCGUCCAUGCUUCCUCCACUUCUUAGGCGCCCGGCCGUUCAACACUUUUUCUUGCUUUUCUAGUCACUCCGCGGCGUUCCGUCUUUGCUCGCUUCCGAAAAUCGACUCCCGCUCUCGCCACGGUCGCUCGACGCCCUCACCACGCCUGGCGCUCGUUUUCGGGCCAACGGGAUUUUCUCGAAAGAGAUCUGCUCUGUUGCCGGCUGAGCGUGGCUCUCUCUUCGCUGUUCUCUUUGCGGCUAUUCUGUGUGAGCUGGCCGUUUGGCGGGAUUUCGGCUAUGCAAAAAUUAACUAGCUUAUUUACUAACAUAGAAGAUGAUUUUGACUGAUACAAAUCUCGCUCCAUUGCGAUGUCUUAUAUUUUCAGGUUGUCUUCUUAAUCAAUUAACUCUCGUUACUAUGUGAGGCUCCCAGUAUGGGUCCUCACAUGGUUUAUGAUGAGCUUAUAUUUUUAAUUGUUAUUGACUAUAUAUAUAUGUAUAUGAAAUUUAUGAGAUCAUUUGUAUAUAUUUAUAACUUUAAGAUCAUGCAAUAUUUUCUUGUAUACACGUAUAUUCUACUUUCUUUCCUAUUCCCCGGGCUCACAUUCUGUUAAGCGCAUUUAUAUACAGAACAGACUACCGGAUUACAAUGUUAGUAAUAAUUAAAGCGACAUAUUCUA